CGCCCGCCUCGUUGUACCAGCCCGCCGGCGCCGGCGCCGCCGCCACCCCGGUCGCCGUGGCCUCCGCGCCCUCCUCUGCCACCUCCAGCCUCAGCAUGAACCAGCUGGGCACUGUGUACGCCACCAAGCGGCGACGCCGCAACGGAAAAAGCCUGAAGCCGCCGCCGAAGGACGGCGUGACGAAGAGCAACCCCAGCAAGCGGCACCGCGAGCGCCUCAACGCCGAGCUGGACACGUUGGCCAGCCUGCUGCCCUUCGAGCAGAACAUCCUCAGCAAGCUCGACCGCCUCUCCAUCCUGCGCCUCUCCGUCUCCUACCUGCGCACCAAGAGCUACUUCCAAGUGGUGAUGCACAAGGACAAGGAGGACGGGCUGCACCACGAGCCAGGCGCCUUCCGCAACCGGGAGCUGGCGGCCUACGACCACGCGCUGCUCGACGGCGAGAUGUUCCUGCAGUCUACCAGUCGAGGACGUCGUGGUGCAAAGGUUUUCGAUAUUUAUGACCAGUAUCGAGUUCUCGUGAGAAACGAUCACACAUCACUAGUUCGGUUUCCUCGCAGCGAGCGGCUGACACGAGACAGACUACAUCCGCAAGUCCGCGUCUCAAGUUCUCCUCCCGUUUCCAGUCUCGGGGCCGUGUUUCUGUUUGGGCAGCGGCCUCAAUGA